AGUCACCAUGGUGGUGGCAUACAACAGAAGACGGCAAACGGCGGUGUACCUAUUCUCACUUCUAGCUGUCUAGAAACGCGAAUAAAAUGGAUUUUCUCAGUAUAAUGUAACAGUUUUGACCUUCCGUGAUGGACGCCAUGUUGUUGCUGACAGGUUAGUUUGUAGCCGUUUGCUUUCCUUUUUGUUUACCGGAUCCUUAAUGGAAUUUCGUCCCGUAGCUAGCAGAAUGCUGAGGACACAAGAAAUAUCUUCACCUAAUACUGGCUUCAACGGCGGGACUUCAGGUUGAAAGUUAGAAGAAUAACUCAAAUAGAGACUGUUCGAUCCGUGUUUCUUGAUUAAAGCAAGUUUUAAUAAUUAGUGGCCGCGGGGGCUGCUGUUGGCAGCAGGUUUCUGUUUGGGAAGCAGAGAGGGACAGACACCCCGAGGAGACCGCUCGGUUGUCUGGCUCCAGUCGUGGCCUGGCUUCGGGCACUCCCAGCUUCAUACGGCAGCUUUCGGAGCACAUCCGACACGAAUGAACUAAAACAAAAGCGAGGCCUACAUUUCUACAUUUAUUUCGCCUCUGGGUUCCUAUAAAGCCGUUUUAAGGAUAAGAAACUGCGCUACACGCCGCCUUCCAAGACAAUGGCGUCUUAUGUGGAUAACCGCUUUCGGCAGGCUGUGAUGAUGAACCCGGUUGAACGGACGCAACAGGACCUGGAGAUCGUUUACUCGUAUCUCCAUGGGAUGGAGGCCCUGUCAAACCUGCGGGAGCACCAGCUGAGGAUAAUGUGCGAGACGGUGCGUUACGAGAGACACGAGGCCAAUGAAGUGCUUUACUACCCGGAUGAUGUUGGAAACUGCUGGUAUAUCCUGUUAUCAGGCUCGGUUUUCAUUAAGGAGUCCAUGUUUCUUCCAAGAAGCAGUUUUGGGAAGCGAUCAGCAGGCAGCCUUCGGCGUGGAUGUGAAUGCAUCGUCCUUGAACCCUCAGAAAUGAUUGUGGUUGACUAUAUGGAUGAAAAUGAGGAGUACUUUCAGCGACAAGCCUCGCACAGACAGUCCCGGCGGCGCUUUCGGAAGAUCAACCAGAAAGGAGAGCGGCAGACAAUCAUCGACACCGUGGAUCCGUACCCCAGUGGAAAGCCGCCUGUAGCCCGGGGAUACCACACGUUCCCUGCAGACUUCAGCAGACUGCACCUGGCCGACGGCUUACACCCACAGGUGACCCACGUCUCCUCCAGCCACUCAGGAUGUAGUAUCACCAGUGACUCUGGAAGCAGCAGCCUGUCAGACAUUUACCAGGCCACAGAAAACGAGCCAGGUGACAUGGACCUAAGCGGCCUGCCGGAGACCGCGGUCGACUCUGAGGAGGACGAUGACGAGGAGGACAUCGAGCGAGCUUCUGACCCUCUCAUGAGCCGGGACAUCGUUCGGGACUGCCUGGAGAAGGAUCCUAUGGACAGGACGGACGAUGACAUAGAGCAAUUACUGGAGUUCAUGCAUCAACUGCCAGCGUUUGCCAACAUGACCAUGUCGGUGAGGAGGGAACUAUGCGCUGUCAUGGUCUUCGCCGUGGUGGAGCGAGCCGGCACCAUUGUUCUCAAUGAUGGAGAGGAGCUGGACUCAUGGUCGGUGAUCUUAAACGGCUCUGUGGAGGUGUCCUACCCUGACGGCCGGACAGAGAUGCUGUGCAUGGGAAACAGCUUUGGUGUGUCUCCAACCAUGGAGAAGGAAUUUAUGAAAGGCAUCAUGAGGACCAAGGUGGACGACUGCCAGUUUGUAUGUAUAGCCCAGCAGGAGUACUGCUGCAUCCUCAACCAGGUGGAGAAGAACAUGCAGAAGGUUGAGGAGGAAGGAGAGAUCGUUAUGGUAAAGGAACAUCGUGAACUGGACCGUACCGGCACCAGGAAAGGACAUAUUGUCAUCAAGGGCACACCUGAGCGUCUCACCAUGCAUCUGGUGGAGGAGCACUCAGUAGUCGAUCCUACCUACAUUGAGGACUUCCUGCUGACCUACAGGACCUUCCUCUCCAGCCCCAUGGUCGUGGGAAAGAAGCUCCUGGAGUGGUUUCACGACCCAAGUCUCAGGGACAAGGUUACGCGGGUAGUCUUGCUGUGGGUAAACAAUCACUUCAAUGACUUUGAGGGAGACCCUGCCAUGACUCACUUUUUGGAGGAGUUUGAGAGCAAUCUGGAGAAGGAAAAAAUGUGCGGGCACCUCAGACUGUUAAAUAUAGCAUGUGCUGCUAAAGCCAAGCCAAGGCUGGUGACACUGACCAAGCCGUCCAGAGAUUCUCCUCUGGCAUUCACCCUCCUCGGAGGUCAAGAGAAAGGUUUCUGCAUAUUCAUCGAUGCCGUGGAGCCAGGGAGCAAGGCAGCUGAGGCUGGACUCAAGCGUGGAGAUCAGAUCCUGGAGGUAAAUGGGCAGAAUUUUGAGACUGUCCAGUUCAGUAAAGCCAACGAGAUUUUAAAGAACAACACCCACUUAUCCAUAACUGUGAAAACAAAUCUUUUAGUGUUUAAGGAGCUCCUAACACGCCCAGAACAUGACCAUGACUUGGACGGAGACGAGGAACAUGACAGGAAGAACGGGGCACCUCACCUACCAAAGAUUGGGGACAUUAAAAAGGCCAGCCGGUACUCCAUACCGGACCUGGCGGUGGAUGUGGAGCAGGUUAUGGGCCUGGAAAAAGCCAGCAAAAAGGCCAAGAGCAACACAGUCGGAGGGCGCAACAAACUGAAAAAAAUCUUUGACAAGACACUCACCAGCAUCCUGCCCCCCAAACCAUACAACGACGUUUGUGUAGGCCAAUCACAGGAUGACAGCAUAGUGGGCAUGAAGCCGUCCAAACAGAUCCCACCAGCUCUGCCGGUCAGUGGAAACCUGUCGUCGUCGAACCCAGACCUCCUGCAGUCUCACCACCGUAUCCUCGACUUCAACAACCAGCCUGAUAUGUCAGACCAAGUGUUACGAGUCUUCAAGGCAGACCAGCAGUCUCGUUAUAUCAUGAUUGGGAAGGACACGACAGCUAAAGACGUGGUGGCCCAGGCUAUUAGGGAGUUUGCCCUGACUGCAGCGCCAGAGGCUUAUUCGCUAUGUGAAGUGUCUGUCACACCUGAGGGCGUCAUUAAACAGAGGCGGUUACCAGAUCAGCUUUCCAAACUAGCUGACAGGAUUCAGCUAAGUGGCAGAUACUACCUGAAGAGCAAUAUGGAGACAGAAACAUUAUGCUCUGAUGAAGAUGCCCAGGACCUCCUUCGAGAAGGCCAGAUCUCUCUGUUACAGCUCAGCACGGUGGAGGUGGCCACCCAGCUCUCCAUGAGAGCCUUCGAACUUUUCUGUGCCAUCGAGCCCACUGAAUACAUCGACGACCUGUUCAAGCUGCGAUCAAAGACCGGUUCCUUCAGCCUCAAGCGCUUUGAGGAGUCCAUCAACCAUGAGACCUUCUGGGUGGCAACGGAGGUGGUACGGGAACCAAACCAGCUUAAGCGCAUGAAGAUCAUCAAGCACUUCAUCAAGAUUGCUCUACAUUGUCGAGAGUGCAAGAACUUCAACUCCAUGUUUGCCAUCAUCAGUGGUCUGAACUUAGCUCCAGUCUCCAGACUCAGGGGAACCUGGGAAAAAUUACCGAGCAAAUACGAGAAACUGUUUGGAGAUUUGCAGGAUCUCUUCGACCCCUCUAGAAAUAUGGCCAAGUACAGAAACGUUCUCAACAAUCAAAACCUUCAGCCUCCAAUCAUCCCACUGUUCCCAGUUAUCAAGAAGGACCUCACCUUCCUACAUGAAGGCAAUGACUCCAAGGUGGACGGCCUGGUGAACUUUGAGAAGCUUAGGAUGAUUGCCAAAGAAAUCCGCCAUGUCGGCCGCAUGGCGUCCGUCAAUAUGGACCCAGCCCUCAUGUUCCGCACCAGGAAGAAGAAAUGGAGAAGUUUAGGGUCUUUAAGUCAGGGCAGCGCUAAUGCAGCUGUGCUCGACGUCAGCCAGACAGGUGGGCACAAGAAGCGAGUUCGACGCAGCUCCUUCCUGAACGCCAAAAAGCUUUACGAGGACGCCCAGAUGGCCAGAAAGGUCAAACAGUACUUAUCCAACCUAAGUCUGGAAACGAAUGAGGAGAGCCUUCAGACAUUUUCCAUACAGUGUGAACCCUCAAUUAGCACAUUACCCAAGAAUGCUGGUGGGAAACGACCAGACACUUCUCCGGUCGUGUCCAGAGCAGCCACGCAGCAACGGGGCCAGUUGGCCAAAGGGAACCAGGCCCUGCAAGUUCCCUCUGUGGCCCUCUACCCAUCCCGGAAAAGAGUGCCAGUCAAGGAUCUGCCACCCUUUGGCACCAGCUCGCCCCAGUCUCUGAAGAAGAUCCUGUCUCUGUCUGAAGAGGGGAACGAAAGGCACCGCAGGCAGCCAGAGGACGCCAUGUCCAACGCCUCCUCCCAACUCUCCUCUCCUCCCACCUCCCCUCAGAGCUCGCCCAAGAAGGGCUACGGCAGGAUGGGUGACGCCUACUCGGACUCGGGUCACAGUGAGAUCUCGUCUCGCUCCAGCCUCGUCAGUAACUCGUCUUUUGACAUGGCCCAAGAAGAGCGGCGACUGCGUCACUCUGGAGGAGUUGGAGAAUCUCACAUUGGGGGACCUCGGAUGGAAAGGAGAGCCACCACCGACCCUGACCAGUACAGCCUGGGGUUGUAUUCCUCAAUGCAGGACUGUCGGGGUAUUUACUCCGGCUGCCCCACAGUCCUCUCCUCGCCCAGCUCAGAAGAACUGACUCAGGAUCAGGGCGAUCGCGUCUCUCUCGAUGCUGCAGACAGCGGCCGCGGCUCCUGGACUUCCUGCUCCUCUGGUUCCCAUGACAACAUCCAGACUAUGCAGCAGGGACGAAGCUGGGAGAUUGGCAUUGGAGGGCUGUCUUCAGCAUCAGAGGCCUUAUUAGGGGGUCCUGCGGCACUGUGGGCAGCACAGGCCAGGGGAAGCUGGGCAUCGGCCUGCUCCUCUUCAUCCUCAGCUGCAUACUGGGGAGAAGAAUCAGAGGGAGACACUGGAACGAUUAAGAGGAGAGGAGGAAAGGACGUAAAUGCUGACCCAGAGACAAGUAGCAUCACAUCCACCGGGUCAGAGGAGGCCAAGCUGCUCGGUCGGCCAUCUCCAUCCCCCAUCACAGCUGGGGGUAAAGGCAUUAUUUCUCGAAAGGAGGGCCGUUAUCGUGAGCCCCCCCCGACCCCUCCUGGCUACACAGCGCUGACUAUUUCUGACCUUGCCGAGGGACAGCACCCACCACCGCCUGCCCCCACAUCGACAGCAACCCACUCGAGUCGCCGACCGCCGGACUAUACCACGGCUCUCCAGCGGUCACGGAUGGUCACCCAGUCGCCCGACUCCCACCAGGCCCAUCAGGCCGCCAAGCAUCGAGGGGGCAGCCUCCGCCGCACCCGCUCCCCUGCAGAUGAGCAAGAGCCCGAGGAUGAAGAGGAGGGUGAGUCCUUGUCUCCAAAACUAGUCGCUCUGAGGAAACCAUUGGCACAGCAUACACCUGGGACUCCCAGAUCGUGACAGUGUGUGGGGUUAACAGGCAGGGCCGCUCCGCAUCAGGCAGAGGACGAACAGGUGUCGGCAGUCUGAGGGCAACAAUGGACAUCGUUUUGUAGUAAGCCCCCCUCGGGGUUUUGGGUGGGCUGGAUUAAAGAGACAGAGCUACAGACUCGUCAGCAGUUACGUAUGUGCCUGCCUCCCCCAGUCGGCUCUCCCUCUCAAUCGGUGAAUUCUUCGUUCCUCGUCUCCCUACCCUGCCUUAAAGCAUCAUGGGGGGUUUGAUGACCCUGCAUGCAAAAAAUACUGUGAAGAAUAGACGGAGAGAAGGUCAAAGACAAUGACGAAAUACCUGGCACUUUGGACAAAUAAAAUGCAUUUUUUAAAAAGACUACAGAAGCAUAAACUGAGAGACAAAGCCCCAAACCCACCUGUUAACGCAGCAGAAUCCUGACGUGUUGAGCUUCAUCCGCACUUUCUUGUUUUCUUCUUUCAAAAAGAAAACCUGAACAAUUAAGAACAACGAAACAAGACUAUUAUUAAAGACGGAGAGAAACAGCAGUUGGCUUCAUCAUCUUCAACUUCCCUCUAGAUUUCUUCCCAUUUAUUUUUUGUUUUUUUAUUAUUUUCUUUCGUUGUCUUUAAAUAAUUGCACUCUCGGGGCUGAAAACAGAAAGCAGGUCAGCCCAACAUUUCUCUGCCUGGACUGAAACAGCACUUCUGUUGUUGAGUGUUCGAACUUUAAAUCCAGUAUUAUCUUAGUUCAUGUGUGAAUGCUCAUCACUUGUUGGUUUAAAUAAAAAUAAAAAAAAAGCUAGGCGGAGAGCUCAGUUUAAAUAACCAUCAUGCAGUAUGCUGACAUGCAACACAUUUUAUGAACCAGUACAAACAGAAAUAUAGUUUAAGUCUAAUUCUUGCACUUUGAGCACAAUCCUAGAUAUUUGGCUUGACUACCAGGGUAUGAGCAAACCGUUUAUGUCUGAGCUGGUCUUUUCUCUGUUGUCACAACAGGGAGGAGACGAGCUCAGACGUUUGGGAGAUGAUAAAAAGCACACUCACUGAAAAUCAUGUAUGAUUCUGUCAUCGUCUCCCUAAAGCUACAGUAAAGCCAGGACUUUAUGACUCAAACAGGAACUCCUUCACAUUUUUUUUCUGUUUUGGUAAUGAGAGACCCCAGAAAAUCAAGAGGUGGCGAACAUUUCAGAAGGCAUUAUUGUGUAAAUUAAAAGUCCAUUUAACCAUAUUUAUUUCUUUCAAAAUAAAAGCAUCCACUGAUUCAGAUUUGGCUGUUUCCCGACCUGAACAUGCAUCCCGUGAAUGUCUAAGCGCCUUAUGAUGCCAUGGUUGCAAACAUGUCUUUACACGGUCAUUCACAUGCAAAUCAAACUGUUCUGAGAUGAAAUGCCUUAUUUAUGAUGCUUUCUAGGCUUUUUUUUUUUUUUUUUAAAGAUUAUAACCAGGCUGUAAGAGUUGAGGUUUAGUGGUGUUUUUAGUUUGUUUUUUUUUGGUUGGUUUGUGGAAAUCAAAAGGUGGCUUCAGCCGACUGUGUGUUACAGUGUAGUAACUGAUGUCUACACUCAGAUAGCCUGUUUCCAUCUCUGCCGAUGUGCUACUACAUUCAGCCUCAGAAGUACUUCCUGUCUGUUACAAACAUCAGUCUGCGUAUAUCACAGCUUUUCACUGUAUCUUGACGUCAGUGGAGAUACGGAUUUUUUUUGUUUUUGUUUUUGACUCCGGUGGAGAAGGUGAAAUGUGAAGAAUAAUGAUCUUUUUUUUUCUUCUUUCAAAUCUGUCAAUCACCACAUCUGAAAUAAUGUUAUUGUGAAAAGAAAAUGAACGUUUUGUUUCCUUGUAUCACAGCAUCACACUGAUCACAUUGAUCAGCCCUGGAAGCAACAGAUUGAGUGAAAACAUGAAAGACUGCAGUGUUUUCCACUGUGUUCUGUGACUACAACACUAAAUCAUUUUUUGGGUUCCUUUUUUUGUUUUUUUUUUUGUAAUGGCUGCAGAUUUGUAAUACAGUUGUGACAUGCAUCAUUUACUUUUAUUCAGCUCUGAAGAUAAUGUGCAUAUUAGCGGGUCGAGUCGUAAUUUGAAAACAAAAAGUUGCACAAAAAUGUACAAGCAUAAAGAUAAGUGUAGUAGGUAGAACUGCUACUCCGUUCGGUGUGUGAUGUCAGUGAGAUGUGUACAUUUAGCUGGUGACGACCUUCUUUUCUUCAUUCUUUCUUGUACUACUUUAACCUGUAUGUCUUUUAAAAAGACAAUUGGUGGAGUAUGUAUCAGUUGUUUUUGUAUUUUUAAUACAAUAAUUGUAAAUAUUGGUUAUAUUUUUGUUCAAAUGUAAAAUGUUUAUGCCUCAACAUCCAGUUUAUAUGAAGCUGGGAAUCAAUAAAUAUUGCAUAAAGACCCAG